AUGCGGAUCAAUGAUAUGGUUGUCUUGUGUGAUAUUCUCUUCGUUGUGCUCUUAUUAGUUCAGUUCUCUCCUUGUUCAUCGUCGUCAGGUGAUGAAAAAGACUACUAUAAGAUUCUGGGUGUUCAAAAGACUGCCACAACAGCACAGAUUAAGAAAGCCUUUCGAAAAUUGGCCUUAAAAUAUCACCCGGAUCGAAGUAAGGACCCGAAUGCAGCAGAUAAGUUCCGAAAAAUCGCCGAAGGUCAGCCUUCUUACUCUCUACCGUUUUGUGAAAAAGUGCUCGAGAUUAACUCUUUAUACCCAUUCGAACGUUUCAAUUUCUUUUUUUUUUCAGCAUACGAGGUGCUGGGUGAUGAAAACAAACGUCGCAACUACGAUAUGGGCGUGCCGGUGUCAGACGGUUCGGGUGCUGGCUUCGAUUUUGAUUCCUUCUUCUCCAGCUUCCAAGAAAGUCAGUUUUGA